CAAUCACCACGACGUUUUUGACGCGAACUCAUGCCAAAAAAAAGCAAAAAACCAUUCAGUAUUUUGACAAAAAUGCAACAACAGUGAAGUGAAACUGUGUUUAUAGUAGAACUAAAACUAGAAUGUCGUGCGACUGAUUAAAAGUGCUAGUGUUCGUUUAAUACUUUUUAAAGAUAAUAUUCCUAAACUACUGUGCUAUUUUUGUCAAGUCGCUUUAGAGCUGUGUUCUCGGACCUAAUAAUCUUUUUGGAUUGGAAUCUAACAAAAUGAGUAAAGCUAAUGCGCUAGCGGGUUUAAUUGGCAAUUACGGUGACUCAGAUGAUGAUUCUGAUGACGGAGGAGAUAACUCAAAAGCGAAAAGUAAAGGCAAUUUAACUGGUCCUGGUGCUCAAUGCUUUGCUGGCCCACCGCCCCCGGGGACCGCAUACGCAGCAGAAUCUGGUGCUAUCCAUCCGGCUCCGAUUCCACACUGUCCCUGGUCAGCAUGCUAUGAUGAGAACAGUGGCUUCACAUAUUACUGGAACCAAGUUACAAAUGCAGUGACUUGGGAGGCUCCUCCUGAAUAUCUAUUAGCUUUGAAGCUGGCCCAACAACAAUUACAUACUUCUGGAGCUACAGAAGUAUCAGCUGAAGAGUGGCAGUUGUACCAGCAAGCCUUAGCUGAGAAACAGAAUACACAGACCAAAGUGAUAUCGAAACCUCCCGCUGUCAAGCCUGUUAAGAAAACUACUACUCCCACAGACAAACCUACCAAAGCUGGUAGCAAACGGAGAGCUAGUGAUGUGGAUGAAGACAAAAUAGAAUUAAUCACAUCAUAUCACAACUCUGACUCUGAUUCUAAUGAUGAGCAAGAGAGUCCAGUGAAAUCUCCACCCAAACCACCACCGGCUACGACGCCUAAGCCACCAAAACUGCCCAAAGUUCAAACUAAAAAGUCAAAGAGCAAAUCGCAACCGAAAGAGUUUGGACCGGCUCUGCCACCAAAUCAGGAAUACACAGUCCCUAUUGGACCAGAGAUUCCUCCUGAGUUCUUAGUAGAGACACCUAAAGAAGUCAAAGAGACGCCACCUGCACCCGUUAUAGAAGAGACAUCAACAUCCACUCCAACACCGACUGAAAACGAUGACAGUCAAGAUGAAUCGUUAUUGCACAAACUGAAAGACAAAGCUAAACUCCUUGAAAAGCUUGGUGGUGAGCUACCGGCAGAAUUACAAGAAAUAAUUCGAUCAGAAACAAAUUCAAAAGCAUCCUCUCCCCUAGUAGUUCAUGAAGGAAAUGAUACAGAAACAGAUAGCAGGUCUAUCGGAGAUAUUGAUGAUUUAUUAGAACAAAUUGAAAAGAAAGAAUUGCCUAAAGUAAAAAAUAAAAUUGACAUCUUCAGUGAAGAAGUGAAAACAAGUGAUAGUGCAAAAAAUUCGCCUCGUAGCAAUGGAAAUGUGUCUCCACCUGGAGAAGAAAUCAAACCGUUAUUCCCUAGUAGUAAGAAUAUAGUAGAUGCGCCCACAACUUCAUUAUUUCCUAGCUCUGCAAACAUACAAGAGAAUGGUAUUGAUAAAGAGGUGAAAGAAAAUCCGAUUGUCACUGAAAAGAAAGGUACGAAUUUGUACCUUAUGGGUGCUGGGGAGACCGUAGAAAAUACUUCCAGAAAGAAGUUAAGAAUAUCGAAUUCGGUAUUGCCACCAAAGAAGGUUGAGACUCCAGCGUAUACUACGAAAUAUUCACAGUUCAUUGAAGGUUUUACGAGUGAAAGGACCGGAUUAGGUUUCAGUAAAGAUGAUACUGAGUCUGAUACUAGUACAAAGAAAACAAACACAAUAAGUUAUGGCAACGGUUUGAUGUUUACGAAAGGAGAGAUUUUGAACGAGGACAAGAAAGAUGAAGAUCUGGAUGACAUGUCGGAACUGGUGGAGUCCAAGCUGAAAUAUUUGAAUCAGUUGCAGCCAAAUCCCGUGUCUCCAGUGCAAGAGAUGAUGAUUCAGAUGCAGCUGGGCGCCAAGUCAAUGCCGGAUCGCUGGUUCCGAUUUUUGCCAUGUUGGAAAUCAUAUGCUCUGAUUCUGGACUGCAUGAUAACUGACCAUUUGCCAAUUGUGCUGUGCCUUGAAAGUGGCCCCCUUAAAAACUCUAAAACACUUAGAACAUUUGUUAAAACAGACCAUGAAUCCAUCAAAAGAGCUCUCACUAAUGCUGACUUUACUUCUGUAAUAUGUACCCUGGAUGCAGACCAAGCAGCUGAUCGAUCUGAGUUUAAUAAGGCUAAAAAUAACCCUAAAGCUAUGUGGAAAGUGGUAAAAGAAGUGACUCACUCUACUGGUAACGCAGAACCUCCACGUGAACUUCUAGCUAAAAACAGCGAUCCUCAAAUUGCUUUAAACUCUGUAAACAAGUAUUUCGUCAAUAUAGCAAAUGAUCUAGCUGCUAAGAUAACUCCUCCAAUUACAACCUCGCCAUCGGUUCUCGUUAAUCCAAUAAACUCUCUGGCACUUACCGAGGUUGAUUUCGGGGAGGUGGAGCGCAUUAUUAUGGGUCUGCGAGAUGAAUGCUCUUCUGGCUGGGAUAAAAUCACUCCGACCUUAGUAAAAACUUGCAGGAAUGUUCUGAUACCACCAAUUACGCACAUGUGUAAUCUUUCAAUUUCUACCGGUGUCUUCCCUAGGAUACUAAAAAGAGCACUUGUUAGUCCCAUUUUUAAGCAGGGGGAUAAAAAUGAUGCGGCUAAUUACAGGCCAAUAUCUGUCCUGCCCGUUCUCUCGAAGGUCUUGGAAAGGAUAUUAAACAAUGCUCUAGUUAAAUUUUUGGAUAAAUAUAACUUGAUAGCAAAAAAUCAAUUCGGCUUUAGAUCUGGAAUCUCCACUGAGGACGCUGUCGCUAGUCUCACAAGUGAAGUAGUAAACAAGCUUGACGGCAAAAAGAAGUGCUUCGGUGUUUUUCUUGAUCUUUCCAAGGCCUUCGACACGGUCUCAAUUCCCAUCUUGAUCGAUAAGUUGGAAUCCCAUGGCAUACGUGGUCGGGAGCUUAGCAUCUUUCGAAGUUAUCUUCUGCACAGGGAACAAUGCGUCAAGAUCGGCCCGUACGUUAGUGACAUUCUGUCCAUAGACUAUGGCGUCCCACAGGGCAGCAUACUGGGACCUACCCUCUUCCAGAUAUAUGUCAACGAUCUGUGCAAACUUAAAAUACCAAACUGUAGUGUAUUCGCUUACGCAGACGAUACUGCACUUUUGGUAUAUGGCAAUGACUGGAGGAGUGCUAAGCAAUAUGUCCGGGCUGCUCUGGAAAAGAUUGAAACUUUGAAUGGUAGGGUGCGCAAGUUAAUUUAUAUAUUUAAGACCAUCAGACACUUGGUCGACCAGGAAACCAUCAAAAUUAUAUAUCUUGCUUUAUGCCAAUCUUUACUGUCUUACUGCAUCCCGGUCUGGGGAGGUGCUGGCAGUACCCUGAUGCUGAAUUUGGAGCGGGCCCAAAGAGCCAUCUUAAAGGUAAGCAAAAAAAAGCACAGGCAAGGCUACAUAUUCACCAUUAAGCACGAGCAACCGAAAAAGGGCGGCCUGCGUCCUCCUACAACUUCAUUAUUUCCUAGCUCUGCAAACAUACAAGAGAAUGGUAUUGAUAAAGAGGUGAAAGAAAACCCAAUUGUCACAGAGAAAAAAGGCACGAAUUUGUACCUUAUGGGUGCUGGAGAAAACAUAGAAAAUACUUCCAGAAAGAAGUUAAGAAUAUCGAAUUCGGUAUUGCCACCAAAGAAGGUUGAGACUCCAGCGUAUACUACGAAAUAUUCACAGUUCAUUGAAGGUUUUACGAGUGAAAGGACCGGAUUAGGUUUCAGUAAAGAUGAUACUGAGACUGAUACUAGUACAAAGAAAACAAACACAAUAAGUUAUGGCAACGGUUUGAUGUUUACGAAGGGAGAGAUUUUGAACGAGGACAAGAAAGAUGAAGAUCUGGAUGACAUGUCGGAACUGGUGGAGUCCAAGCUGAAAUACUUGAAUCAGUUGCAGCCAAAUCCCGUGUCUCCAGUGCAAGAGAUGAUGAUUCAGAUGCAGACGCUGGCGCUGGCGUUCCGCGCGGGCGCAUUAAGCGGCGGUUACUGGCGGCGCUGGGUGAGCGGCGCGCGCGCGGCGCUGGCGGCUCACGAGGCGGCCGCGGCGCCGCCGGGCUGGCGCUGCGUCUUCCAGAGGUCGGAAGGGCGCUACCGGUACGAGCGAGAGAGCGACGGGCUGAUGCAGUGGGAGUAUCCUGCUUCCACCAACUGCGACAUGGAUAUCUGCACGACGCCACCGCAUCCUGGGGUUGAAGCCAAGGAGGAAACCCUACCCCCGCUGCCUCCAUCGCCGCCGUCCGCGCCGCCGCCGCCGCCGCCGCCGCCGGCCAAGCCGCGCACGCCGCCGCCGCCCGCCUGGGACGACCCGCCGCCGCCCGGCUGCGACGACAUCGCGCCGCCGCUGCCGCCGGAACCACCGAAGCAAGAAAUUGGCGACGAGCUUCAAUCCUUCUACAAGGAUAUCGCCGAGCUGGAGAAAAGCGUCACGCCAAAAUCUUCGCCGCCCGCUUCCCCUCCGCCGCCGCCCAAAGAACAUAAGGAGAAAGAGAGGGAUAGGGAAAAAGGCAAGGAGAGAAAGAGAGAAAUGGAAAAGCCGAAGGAGAAGGACAAAGAAAAGGAAGUUAAGACGAAGAAAAAGUCGAAGGUGAAGAUAUCGUCAUCCAUUGGCAUGAAGCACAAAUCGGUCUCAAGCCUAGUAGCCAAGUGGCAGCAGGUGGCCGAAGAAAUCAACUCAGACUAAGAACUUAUAAUCCAUAUAAUAUUUAUCACUAUAACUUAGCAUAGGACUCGCUAGAAAUCUGUUGAAAUGUAAAUACAGAAACGAAGUUGCAUGCUACUUUGGAAUGUAAAGCUUAUGCUAUGUAGCAGACGACUCAUAUUCGCCCAUACCGAACUAGGGCCUUGGAAUGCAUCAUGCUUUUGUAACAGUGGCUGGUCUAACCACUUUAACUGUUUGUAUCGUGGUGUGUCUUGAUGUGACUGAAGUGAAUUUUUAUUAAAGAAAACUUAAUUUUGGCUGUAGGUCACGCGCUAAAAUGUAGAUGGCGUUGCUAUAGUAUUUCAAGAAAAUUAGUAUAUUUGACUUAGUACUAGAUGGCGCGUGACAAAUGUUUCUCAUUGUAUCUCCGAUGUAUGGUUUAUCACAAUAUAAUGUGAUGUCAUAUUAAUCAUAAUAUAUAUUAAAAUUUACGCUGUUUGUGACCUUAAGGUCUAUUAAUUUAAAAAUAACAUCCAUAUAUUUUGUAAUAGCUAAAAGGCAUUUAAACAUGUUAAUAUUUUAAGCAAAUUGUUAAACUGAAAAUUUAAGGAAUUGAGUGCAACGACAUGCAAUACAAAUUUCCAUUUACCUAACAAUAAAAUCUGAUUAUAACUAGUUAUACAUAAGUGUUGUUUGAAAAACAGUUUUAUAAUCACAAGUAAAGUUUAAAACGUCAAUAAUUACUAUAUUUACG